AUGCUGUACCAAGAACUCCUUUCGUCUAAGCUGCGUGACGUCUGCACUGCCUUGCUACUAUCUGCUGGUCUUCUAUACCAAAUUGCCUUGGGACAAGAAGUGGACGAGGUGAAGCCGCCACUCGACUUGGCAGCGCUUGAAGCUGGCAUUCCGAGAGACGACACUGUCGUCACAAACGACACUGGUCUAUUCGGAUCCGCAGGCCCUAAAAUUUUCGACCUCAUGACGACCAAGCCCUCGUGGCCCAGGGACGGCCGCCUCGCCACCAUGUUCCUAGAGGACGGCAGCCUCUUCGACAUGCCGGACAACGAGUCCAGGCGCCAGAUGGCCGUCAUCAAGGUCUGUGGCAGCACAUUCUCCUCUCCCAACCUGUACUGGAAGGGCGGCUUCACCGGCCACCACAUCCACCAGGACACCAAGGGCGACCAGAAGACCUUCUUCCCCGCCCUGAACAUGGCGACGGAGAAUGUCAUUGGCGGCAAGCUGGCGCGCGACAAGCCGCUCGACAUCCUGACGGACAGGACCAACUCGGCCUGCGGCGCCGCGCCGCCCGCCUGGAGCGACAACGGCAACUGGGGCAAGCUGGGCGACAUCAUCGACCACUUCAUUGCCCGGGCCAUGGCGCCCAAAGACAGCUGCGCCGUGUCGCCCUCGCACGGCGGCGGCAACGGCCUCUCGUGCGCGCUGCCCUGUGACCCCAUCAGCCCCCUGUGGCUCGAGUCGACCAACAUUUACGUGCGGCAGAUCCGUAGGUACAACGGCAAGCUGGAGUACUCGGUCGCAUACAAACUGCGCGGGCAAUUCAACGCCGGGGAUGGCAACGGAGGGCUCAAGAAGCCGACGUGGCUGAAUGCGCAGUGCAACGGAGACAACUUGUACUUCAAGGACACACCCGAUGAUCCGACAUAUGUAGUCUUUUACUAG